AUGAGAGGUUCAGGUGGUUCUUCUUCCGGCCGAGGCCGCGGUAGGGAUACAGUUCAGGGACGCGGACGUGGACGCGGCGACCCAGAGCAGGAUGCCCCUGAGGACUCGGAUCCCGGGGCUGAGCAGCAGGUGCUAGCUGCUAGACCUGCGCCGCGGAGAGCGGCGAGACAGCCGCAACCACAGGGCCAGCCACCAGCGACGGACGAGACUGGGAGGGUUAGAGUUACACCAGAUGCUGCAAGAGAAAAAUUACUGGAUAGCAGGAACGACAGCGGGACAGCAUCUAGGGCGAUCUUGCCCAUUUUCCGAUCUAGAUGGUUUGCUGAGGGUUCCUCGUGGAAGAAGAUUACAGCAGAGCAUAAGGGCUUCUACUUCGAGGAGUUCAAGAAGGGUUUUUGCUGGGACCCGACCUACCCUGAGGAUCUGAUUAGAGGGGUCUUCUACCGACAUGCGGGCAAUCGGUAUAAAGAUACUCUCCACAACAUGAAGCCGGAUAAAAAAGAGGGCAGUGUUAGUGCUGAUACUUGGGCGUCAUGGAAGCGAGACUGGGAUACUGCUGAGGCUAAGAAAAAGUCCGAUAUAGCACGAGCUAAUCGGAUGAGUGAGCCGUCCGGAGCUGGCACCGGACCUGUUCGACAUACCGCAGGAUCGCGAUCGGCUACGAGGCAUAAGACAGUUAUGACUGAGGAGCUUGGUCGAGAGCCCACUUUGGCUGAGUUGCAUGUACGGUUGCACCUGACCAAAGCAGAUCGGACUGUCUUUGUUGACAAGAGAUCAAAGGAUAAAAAUGACCGUUUUCAGGCAGAGCUUGCUGCAGCAACACAGUCUCAGGCAGCUGGAGAAGGGAGUUCGUCGACUCCAGAGCCGAUCGACGAGAACGAGCUGUUUUUGUCUCUCGAGGCAAUCAAGAAGCAGCGAGUCUACGGUAUUGGAUCGGCUUCAGCAUCCUACAUCGGCCAGAGCAGCGCUAGCCGAUUGCGCCGCGGCGGAUCAUCCCAGCAGGGGAACGUUAGUACUGAGGACAUAGAGCAGCGUAUUGCUAGGGAGGUUGAGGAGCGGGUCGAGCAGCGAAUUCGUACUGUGGAGUUCCCACCACCCCCACCCCCUCCUGCUGAUGACACCACCAGUUUAGAGUAG